UAGUGUGACUGGCUUCAGAAGCGGCUGUACGAUUAUUAUUCGUUCAUAGAGCAUCAUUAUCUAUGGCUCUUCAUCUCACAUUUUUAUGUGCCAAAGCUUUCUUCUGUUGUCAGUCCCCUGAGAAAAACUCAACCAGCAUGGACUCUUCGCUGACUGCUGCACAGAUCCGUGAGAAGUUCAUUGACUUCUUCCGUCGCUAUGAGCACCAGUAUGUCCACUCGUCAGCCACCAUUCCGCUAGAUGACCCCACUCUGCUCUUUGCCAAUGCUGGGAUGAACCAGUUCAAGCCCAUCUUCCUGAACACCAUCGACCCAUCCCACCCCAUGGCCAGGCUUCGCCGUGCUGCAAACACACAGAAGUGCAUUCGUGCUGGUGGGAAGCACAAUGAUCUUGAUGAUGUGGGCAAAGACGUGUACCAUCACACUUUCUUUGAGAUGUUAGGCUCUUGGUCCUUUGGAGAUUAUUUCAAACACCUGGCCUGCAAGAUGGCACUGGAGCUGCUGACGCAGGAGUUUGGCAUACCUAUUGAACGCCUCUAUGUGACUUAUUUUGGUGGUCAUGCUGAUGCAGGCCUGGAAGCUGACCUAGAGUGCAAGCAGAUCUGGCUGGACUUGGGAAUGGAGGAGAGCCGUAUUCUGCCCGGCAGUAUGAAAGAUAAUUUCUGGGAGAUGGGUGACACUGGUCCAUGUGGACCGUGCAGCGAGAUCCACUUUGAUCGCAUUGGAGGCAGAGAUGCCGCCCACUUGGUCAACAUGGAUGACCCGAAUGUGCUUGAAAUCUGGAACCUGGUGUUCAUCCAGUUUAACAGGGAGUCGGAGACCGUGCUAAAGCCUCUGCCCAAGAAGAGCAUUGACACAGGGAUGGGACUGGAGCGCUUGGUCUCUGUACUGCAAAACAAGAUGUCCAACUACGACACUGACUUGUUCAUCCCUUAUUUUGUAGCCAUUCAGAAGGGCACAGGUGCCAGGGCAUACACAGGAAAGGUUGGCUCUGAAGACACCGAUGGUAUCGACAUGGCAUACCGUGUCCUGGCUGAUCACGCCCGAACCAUUACUAUCGCCUUGUCUGAUGGUGGGAGACCUGACAACACAGGCAGAGGCUAUGUGCUGAGAAGAAUUCUACGUCGUGCAGUGCGAUACUCUCACGAGAAGCUGGGUGCACAGAGGGGUUUCUUCGCCUCCUUAGUAGAUGUAGUGGUUCAGUCCCUGGGUGAUGCUUUCCCAGAGUUGCGGAAAGAUCCUGAUAUGGUUAAGGACAUCAUCAAUGAGGAAGAGGCACAGUUCCUCAAAACCCUUAGCAGGGGACGCCGUAUCCUAGACCGCAAGAUCCAGAGUCUUGGAGACAGCAAGACUAUUCCAGGUGACACAGCAUGGCUACUGUACGAUACGUAUGGUUUUCCUCUGGACCUCACUGCCCUGAUCGCUGAAGAAAGGGGAAUGGGGGUGGACAGGCAGGCCUUUGAAGAGGAGAAGAAAGCUGCUCAGUUAAAGUCUCAAGGCAAAGGCUCUGGGGACGAGGACCACAUCAUGCUGGACAUCUACGCCAUUGAUGAGCUCAGAAAAAAAGAUGUCGCUGCUACUGACGACAGCCCCAAGUACAAGUACACGUCAGAUGAUAAUGGCAACUAUGUGUUUGAGCAAACAGUGGGCACAGUGUUGGCUCUCAGGAGGGAGCGUGCAUUUGUUGAUGAAGUGACCACAGGUCAAGAGUGCGGAGUCCUGCUCGACAAGACGUCUUUCUACGCCGAGCAGGGUGGGCAGAGUUUUGAUGAAGGCUACAUGCUCCGUGAAAACGACUCUGCUGAGGAUAGGAUGGAGUUCACCGUUAAGAAUACUCAGGUCCGUGGAGGAUACGUGCUGCAUAUUGGUACAGUAUACGGCACACUGAAGGUUGGAGACCGCCUAACUCUGCAUGUGGAUGAGGCUCGUCGUAGGCCCAUCAUGAGUAACCAUACCGCCACACACAUCCUUAACUUUGCUUUGCGUUCAGUCUUGGGAGAGGCAGAUCAGCGGGGCUCUUUGGUUGCUCCAGACAGAUUGCGCUUUGACUUCACAGCAAAAGGUGCAAUGAGCACAGAUGAAGUGCACCGCACAGAAGAGAUCGCCUCCAACAUGAUUCGCGACGCUAAGGUGGUCUAUGCUCUGGAUGCUCCCCUUGCUGCAGCUAAAGCCAUCCAAGGUCUGCGGGCAGUGUUUGAUGAGACGUACCCUGAUCCUGUUAGAGUGGUGUCUGUUGGCGUCCCAGUGGAGGAGCUGCUGGCCGAUCCGAACAGCCCUGCCGGCUCACUUACCUCCAUCGAGUUCUGUGGUGGAACGCACCUGCAGAACUCUGGUCACGCUGCUCCAUUUGUGAUUGUAUCAGAAGAGGCCAUUGCUAAAGGAAUCAGGAGGAUUGUGGCAGUGACUGGAACAGAGGCUCAGAAGGCCCAGAGGAAAGCUGAUGCCCUGAAGUCAGGUCUAGAUGCCAUGGCAGAGAAAGUGAAGGCUCAGACCUCCCCAAAUAAAGACGUUCAGAAGGAGAUUGCUGAUAUGACAGAGUCCCUGGGCACUGCAGUGAUCUCUCAGUGGCAGAAGGAUGAGAUGAGGGAUUCACUGAAAGGGCUUAAAAAGAUCAUGGAUGACCUGGACCGUGCCAGCAAGGCUGAUGUACAGAAGAGGGUCCUGGAAAAGACUAAAGAGAUCAUCGACAGCAAACCUAACCAACCUCUAAUUGUGAUGGAGAUGGAGAGUGGAGCGUCUGCAAAGGCUUUGAAUGAGUCUUUGAAGUUACUGAAGACAAAUUCACCACAGACUGCUGCUAUGCUUUUUGCUGUGGACAACGAUGCAGGAAAAAUCAUCUGCUUGUGCCAAGUUCCUCAGGAUGUUGCAAACCGGGGCCUGAAGGCCAACGAGUGGGUUCAGGAAGUGUGCCCUCUUCUGGAUGGAAAAGGAGGCGGUAAAGACAUGUCAGCCCAGGCCACGGGUAGAAACACGCACUGCAUAAAGGAGGCUCUGCAGCUGGCCAAUCAGUUUGCCCACCUCAAACUGGGUGAAAAUUAAGGACAAAUAGAUAGCGUUGUGAAGGUAGAGUUUAAUCUGAAAAGUUGUCCUUAUUUUGGUCUUAACCUUCCUCCUGUCCUGUUCCAGCUAUGCUUGCUGAAUUUACAAAUUGGACAUUCCCGGCUGGUAAAUGUAAAAACUGUACAGAAUGUGUAAUUUGUCAAUUAUGGAUGGUAAAGGAAAUAAUUAGCAUCCUCUCUCAGUUAACUAGGUAACUGCUGGACCACACGCAUAUAUCAACUGAUCCAUCAAUCCGUCCUGACUCCAAAGCACAUGGGGCUGUGCAUGUUUUCUGAUUGGAUAAUUACAUUUAGAUUGACAGUUCAAUGUUGCUAGCUAAAAUCAUCCUCAUGUCAUCAUUCUAUUAGAAGGUGUCUUUUUUUUUCUCUCUAAGAUUUUCAUUACAUUUGUAGAAUUGGUGGUCUGUCUCUUUAACUGGAUGGAUGUCUUCAUAUUUCAGACAAAUUCAUGCCAACACUGUUAACCUUUCAAUAGAUCUUAUAGCUUCUGUUUCGGGGAAAUGAGUCAUUCAUCAUCAGUCACAUGAAAUGUAUCACUAGUGAACAGUAAUAAAAAUGCAAUGAUUUCAAAUGCAUUAAUGAA